UUUUACUGUUGCUAGCUUCCCAUUAGCGUUAUGCGAGCUGUCAAAGCCGGUAUUUGGAAAUAACCAGUGAGUGAAUGGACGAUACAUUUCUAACAAAGCGCAUGUAUUCUGCCUUUCCGCUUUAUCGUGUGAGGUAUGAAUGUUAAAACUGAAGCUUUACACCGGGCAGAAGAGGAAAAUCAGGCCGGGUCGGAGGCAGUUUUUCCGGCUGCAAUAAGGCGAUGGCUGCUGGAGGCUGGAGGCUCUGUGUGUCGCUUUGGUGCUUCUGCUUUCUGCUCGUCUACACACACUGUCACACAUGUAGUCACAAAGUGCCCUUGCCCUCAGAGGUGAUACACGAUGUCUACCUGAAACCAGGGAGGCUGACGAAAAGAAGCACAGAAAAGCAAUUAAAGAUACAGAUUGUUUAUGACUCCAGCUUGGAUGUGCUAGAUGAGGACAAGAGCAGUCUAGUGAAGGACAAACUCUUCCCACAAGCCAUUGAUUAUCUCCAGAGGGCUUUCAGGGUGCGUAGGCAGGCAGGUCCUGUGUUAUUAAGCAGACAAUGUGCAACAAAUCAAUAUCUGCGAAAAAAAGACGAGCCUCAUCGGUAUUGCCAAGAAGCUUGUGCAGAUAUCACAAAAUGCGGACCGGUCGUCGUGCCUGAGCAACAUUUACAGCAAUGCAGAGUGUGCAGUGAGACAUGGAAGUCAUGUGGGCCAGACGGACCUCCAGAUGGUGAGGGUGUUCAAGGGGCAGAUUUUGUGCUGUAUGUGAGUGGGGUGACCACAGAGAGAUGUGGCCAAGAAAACAUUGUGGCGUAUGCAGCAUACUGCCAGCUGGAGGCAGAACUAGACAGGCCCAUUGCUGGAUAUGCCAAUUUGUGUCCAAAUAUGAUUUCAACCCAGCUUCAGGAGUUCGAGGGAAUGCUCUCAACUGUCAAGCACGAGAUUAUGCAUGCCUUGGGUUUUUCAGCUGGGCUCUUUGCCUUUUACCACGAUGAUGAUGGGAAACCUCUGACGCCGCGCUUUGCAAGUGGCUUACCUGCAUUUAAUGAAAGUUUGGGCCUAUAUCAGUGGAGUGAUAAAGUCAUAAAGAGAGCGACACGGUUGUGGGACAUCCAUGGAGGUCACAUGAUUCGACAUGAGGUCCACCUGAUGGUCACGCCACGAGUUGUAGAAGAAGCUCGGAGACAUUUCAAAUGCCCUAUUCUUGAGGGCAUGGAGCUGGAAAACCAAGGGGGAAUGGGAACAGAGCUGAAUCACUGGGAAAAACGGUUACUAGAGAAUGAAGCGAUGACUGGAUCUCAUACACAGAACAGAGUUUUUUCCAGGAUAACACUGGCUAUAAUGGAAGAUACAGGGUGGUACAGAGCCAAUUACAGCAUGGCAGAAAACCUAGAAUGGGGCAAAGGGUUAGGCUGUGACUUUGUGAUGAAAAGCUGCAAAUUCUGGAUUGACCAGCAACGCAAAAUGAGGUCCAAGCUGAGCCCAUACUGUGACUCUGUGCGACACGGGCCUCUACAGCUCUCCUGCAGGCAGGACCAGCUGGCAGUGGUUGUGUGCAACCUGCAGAAGUAUCCUCAGCCACUGCCUGAAGAAUAUCGGUAUUUUGACAGUAUACCUGGAGUGGCUGAAAAGGAUUUGCCCUUUUAUGGAGGUUCAGUGGAGAUUGCAGACUUUUGCCCCUUCACUCAGGAGUUCAUUUGGCAUCUGAAUGGAGGGUACCAUCGCAGCUCCUUCUGCAGAAUUCAGGAAAACCAGCCAGACACAUUGAGGAAUUUCGCGGCUGAAGAAUACGGUCCUGACUCUGUUUGUCUGUACCAGAAGUCAGCCUUCAUCAUGGAGAAGUGCAAUACACGCUUGACCUACCCAGACUGGGGAAGUGGCUGCUAUAAGACAUUGUGCUCAGCAGAGGGUUUACAGGUGUGGGUGAAGGAUCAGAGCUUCCUGUGUGUGCAUGCUGGCCAGGUGCUCAAUGUGAAUGUGCGGACGAAUGAGUGGGUGUACAGUGGGCAGCUGAUCUGCCCUGCCUGCUCAGACUUCUGCAGCCACUGCCCUCUUCCUCAGGAGCUCCCACCAAUCAACACUACUCACACUGUUCGCAUAGACCCUUGCUCCAGCUCUUCUGGCUUGGUGGUGACUUUGUGGUGGUUGCUGUUCAACCUCAUUCCGUUGGUGGCGGGCUUCAUGCUGUGUGUGAGGAAUUAAAAUCGGUCAGUGUAAUGGUGCGAGUGCAGGAAGGAUGUGGGCGUCCCACUGCUGUAGGCUUCCUGCUGAGAUUCUUAUAUUAACAUGACACUAAGCAGUGCUCAGUGUUAUUGUACACCGUCAUCUUUCUUGUGAACAAGAAGGCAGUAGUUAAAGUUGGUUGGAAAAAGCCAUUGACUGCACUUUUGUCCGUCUUGAUGUAAAGUGCCAGUCAGCCGUAUUUGAGACCAGAAGCCAUAGUUGUACAAGAAGGCGUGCAGGAGGUGACCUUAAAAAAAACGCUGGUGCUAAUUUGUGUCGUCUUCUACAUGGACACGUAGCUUUUUUCUAGAGUUGGUGAAGGUACAUUUUUUUUUAAAUGGCAGUGCUUAUUGGUUGUGGAUCAAUGAAUGUGAAUGUGUGUGGUGUGUCUAUAUAAAGUGGCUCAGACAAAUUCAGGAGAAACUUCCUAAAGGUGAAAGGUCCAAGCUCUACAUUUAAUGGUAAUGUUUUUUUGGCAUGUAAGAAAAGUAAGAAGAAAAGUAAAAAAAGAAAAAAACCUAGGUAGCUCAUGAUUUCACUUUUUAUAGAUAUAUUUACUAUUAUGUUUUUGUAUUUAUUUCAGUAAACAGUAUCCUAAACUGUGUCCUAGGCUUUUUAAUUGUACAUUUUAAUUAAGCAACAACUGUCAGACUGAUUUUAAUAUAACAACCAAUGCACUAAUUUGAAAACCUAAUAGAGAUGCACUAGGACAGUUUUGCAGUGUAAUCAUGCAAAUUCUUGAAGAUUUUUUUUUUUUUUUUUUUGGCACUUUCAGUCCAAAAUGGCAUUGUCAUUAUCAUCAUUCUAUUACAACAAAGCUCAGUUCCAUGCUUAAAAGAAUGGGGCAUGUAAGUUGUUUUUAAAAAAAAUUAAUUUAUAAUUUUUUUUUUUUUACACUUUAUGUACAUAUUUUUCUUUUUAUUAAUAUUUGUUAGCCUAACCGAUAUACCAGAUUUGUCAUAAUGUGCUGAAUAUACCCACACAUCGUAAACCAAGUUUAUAUCUUGUUUUAUAAACUGCAGUGGCAGACUCAGAAGUUCUUUAAUGAAGAUCUUUUAACAUUAUAAACUUUUCUGUUUUAGCUUAGAACCCUACAGUAUGCCUAUUACUUCAGUCACUGCCAGAUAUCUGACAUUGGGUAAAGACAAAACACUGUGCAAAAGCAUUUAAUAAUUUAUAGAAAUUUCAGUUUGUAAUUUAGGAUUUUUGUUUCAGUGACUAUCUGCAUUUCUUGUCUAUUUUAAUACCACAAAAGCAUUUAUAGUUCAGCUUGCACAUACAAUAUUCAGGGGUAAACAGCAUGUUAGAAGAGAAUAUGAGCAUCAAAAUCUGUUUAUCUUCCGUUUUUAAUACAUUUAAUAAGAUAGAUUUCAAUUAAUUUCAGUCUUUUUUCUAAGGUCUGCUUUAUAAUUUAUGCAUUUAUUUUACAUUACUCAUAAGAGUAAAAGAGGCUUAAUAAAACAUUUCAAUUAAUAGUUAAAAGCUUUGUUCCACUAAUAAAACAAAACAAAUGUGGCAGCUUGCAUUAAUCAAACAAAGUUAAGUUAUCUGCAUAUAUUUAUUACACAACACAUUGUGCAAUGACUCUGUAUACUGCAUGUUACAGCAUCAGUAAUUUAUUUUGCUGUUUUUUUUUUAUUCAUGCCUGUGAUGAUGGUUCACUUGAAUACUAACAAUGUUUUUAAUGCUUUAUGAAUGAAUAGAAAAAUAAAUCUAGCUAGAUUUUAAUGGUUUAUAACUGCUUUUUAUACAAUUGCGUUACAGUGUUUUUAAAUUUGCAGUUUAUGCACUAGUAUAUAACUGAAUGAGAAUUAUAGUCCCACAAGUCUCUUCCUACUGAAGCCAGGGACAGGAGCUUAUAAUGCACCAGAAAUCCUCUCUUUCCAUAAUUUAUUUCCACCACUUGAAGGUGGAGUGGAAUUGGGGUCUCUGUUACUGUAUGUGUCCAUAUUUAAUUUCACUGUUGGACUGAAAAUCUGUUUUCUAUUACAGGUUUAAAUAGUGUUCAAAUUGUUAACAUGACAUAGAAGAUAUCACACAGACACUGAGGUGGCAAUGUAAAUUGAUGAUCUGUGGUAUCGUCAGUUUGCCUUGUUUACAUUGAUAUCUAUUAACAAAGAACAUUUGAUUAUGUUUUUUUGUUGUUAUGUUUCAGUUGGUGUACUUUUUUCCCCCUCGUGUGAGAUGAAUUUUAAAUACCUUGAAAAUUGUCUUGAUUCAAUGAUACAUCCUGAGAUUGCUUUACUGUAGCUUUUAUUUAAGUUAUGUUUAGUUUCAUAGUGUAUUAAUUAUUAGUUUAUUAGUGUAUUAAAAAUGCGAACUUUUGCAUUGUCCAUACUACACUGUUAAUUUCAUCUGUAGAUUUAGUGGAUUUUAGAUUAUUUUUCCCCCUCUAUAUCUUUUUACUAAUCCAGAGAACAUUCUUUACAUCUACAUGCUUACCACAAUUAUUAUUUAAUUACAGGCCUGUUUUAGUUACAGACACUACUGAAGUAUUUUUUCUAGACACAGAUGAGGCAUGGCUUGUACUAAAUCUUGUCAUAUAAAAUGUGGAAAAAUC